UUUGAGUACUCAGUUAACUUAUUAUUCAUUGGAUACAAUGCCGUUACAACUGGAUAUUAAGAAAACUCUGUCGGUGAAUUCGGAUCGCGUUAAAUGUGUGGACCAACACCCUACGGAGCCCUGGCUUCUUUGUUCACUAUAUAGCGGUGCAGUUAAUAUAUGGAACUAUGAGACAAGAACACAAAUCAAGAAAUUCACAGUUUGCGAUUUGCCGGUGAGAACGGCAAAGUUUGUUGCAAGAAAAAAUUGGGUGCUUACAGGCUCAGAUGAUAUGAAAUUAUCUGUCUACAACUAUAACGUUCUAGAAAAGGUAUAUCAUUUUAAAGCGCAUUCAGAUUACAUCAGAUGCAUUGCUAUACAUCCAGCAGAGCCCUACGUCUUAAGUUGUGGUGAUGAUAAGCUGAUUAAGUUGUGGAACUGGGAUUCUAAAUGGGCAUGCCAACAGGUUUUUAAAGGUCAUUCUCAUUAUGUUAUGCAGAUAGUAUUUAAUCCCAAAGAUGCUAACACGUUCGCAAGUGCAAGUCUUGACAUGUCGAUAAAAGUCUGGCAGCUUCAAUAUUCCACUGCAAACUUCACUCUAAAAGGUCAUGAAAAAGGUGUGAAUUGUGUUGAUUAUCAUCAUAGUGGAGACAAGCCCUACUUAGUUACUGGCUCAGAUGAUCGUUGUGUAAAAAUAUGGGAUUAUCAAAAUAAAGUCUGUAUUCAAACAUUAGAAGGUCACGAGCAAAAUGUAUCAGAUGUAGUUUUUCACCCUGAGCUACCAAUUCUCCUAACAGGCUCGGAAGAUGGAACUGUUAAAAUAUGGCAAGUUGGUGUUUUUAAACUUCAACAUACUCUUAACUAUAGUUUCGAGCGAGUUUGGAGUAUAUCAAUUAAUACAUCUAAUAAUGUUGUUGUUGGUUUUGACGAAGGUUUUAUAAUGGUUCAACUGGGCAAAGAUAAACCAGCCAUAUCUAUGGAUGUCAACGGACAUAAAGUUGUCCGUGCUAAACAUUACGAGAUUCAGCAAGUAAAUUUAAAACCCUUACCAAGAGGCACUGACCUAGAAGAUGGGCAAAUAGUACCCAUAAUUUCCAUUAAAGACAUCGGUACAUGUGAAGUCUAUCCACAUUCAAUUGCUUACAGCCCAAAUAAUCGGUUUGUUGCUGUUUGUGGAGACGGAGAAUUCAUUAUAUAUACAGUUGCAGCGUUAAGAACCAAAGCGUUUGGUAAAGCACGAGAAUUUGUAUGGUGCUUUGAUAGUUCCGGAUAUGCUGCUUUGGAAAAUUCAACAUCAAUAAGAAUUUUUAAGAGUUUUAAAGAAGUCAAAUGUUUUACACCAAAACAUGGCGCUGAAAAUAUUUUCGGUGGCUUUAUGCUGGGUGUGAAAUCGAUUGAUGACACAACAUUUUCGUUUUAUGACUGGGAAAAUUUGGAUCUUAUUCGACGUAUCGAUAUUCAACCUCGUUAUGUUAUCUGGUCUGAAAAUGGUGAAUUCGUAUGUUUGGCUAAAAAUGAAACAUUUUACAUAUUGCGUUAUUAUGCCAAUGCUGUAGCUUGUGCAAGAGAUAAUAAUGCAGAAAUAUCUGAAGAUGGUGUCAACAAUGCUUUUAAGGUGAUAAAUGAAAUUAAAGAAAAUGUAAAUUCAGGUUUUUGGGUUGGAGAUUGUUUCAUUUUCACAACUUUGUACAAUAAAAUUAAUUAUUAUGUCGGUGGAGAAAUUGUUAACAUCUCAAAUGCUGAUCAUCCCAUAUACGUACUUGGAUAUGCACCUAAUGAAUUUAGAUUAUAUAUGAAUGAUAAAGACCUUAACAUUGUGUCCUAUUAUCUUGCCAAACCCGAGCUUGAGUUUCACACUGCUGUUGUGAGAGGAGAUCUGAAGACUGCUGAACAUCUUUAUUAUUAUGUACCUUUCAAAGAUCGCUUAAGAUUAGCUCAAUUUUUGGAAAGACAUGGUCACAAAGAGUUGGCUAUGAAUAUUUCUACAGACCCUGUACACCGCUUUGAGAUUGCUAUUUCUAUUGGUGAUCUUAUAAGUGCAAAGUAUCUCGCGGAAGAAUCUACAUUAGCUGAGGGUGCACCAUCUAAAGUUUCUGAAGCAAGAUGGUCUCGACUUGGUACACUUGCAUCAAAAGCUGGUGAAAUAGAACUGACAAAACUUGCUUACACAAAUGCUCGCGAUUAUAGCUCAUUAUUGAUUUUUGCUGUCAGUUCAGGUGACAAAAGUUUGUUGGAAGAAGUUGCAAAGAAAUCGUCUGAAGAUGGACAAGAUAAUAUUGCGUUUAUGGCUUAUUUUACCCUGAAUAAGUUAAACGAAUGUCUUCAACUGCUGAUCGAUCAAAAUAAAUUGCCUGAAACUGCCUUCUUUGCCCGUUCGUACGUGCCAUCAAAAUUACAAGAGAUAUCCAAACUUUGGAAGACAAACACACCCAAACAAAAGUAUACAAGAUCUUUUGCUAACUUUGAAAGAUUUGAAAAUUUGUUUUCAGAUCAAAGAAAGCCAGAAAAAUUAGAAAAGAUGCAAAAAUUAUUUGGUUUCCAACACGAUACAGAUUUUAAAACUUUGUUAGAAAGUAUGGUGAAAAAUUAUGACGAAGUUGAACUAUCCGAUGGCAAAGGGGACCUAGAAAGAGCCGGGAUCUAUGCACCAGAUCACGAGGAUUAAUUUUUAAAGGUGAAACCGAAUAGGUAUUUAAUGAUUUACAACUGAUUUAAUGAAAUGCUGUUUUUAUAAGAAGUGUAUAUGUAAGAAAAUAAAAAAAAAAUUGUUAGCAAAAUAACAAAAGUGAUUUGUAUAGAGUAUGUAUACGAAAUUGAUUUUAAUUCUGAAUAUGUAUUGUA